AUGACAGCCGGGAAGGGUGACGAGUCGUCUAUUAAAUCUGCAGAAGAUUUUAAGGAUGCUGGAAAUAAAGCGUUUCAAUGUGGCGACUUACAGGCAGCGCUGGAAUACUACACCACUGCCCUCGAACUAGAGCCAGAUGGCGAACUUAAGGCUACUUUGUACAGAAAUCGAGCUAUUGUUAAGCUGAAACUGGAGGAUUACGAAGGCUGUGAAACUGAUGCCACGCGAGCUAUCGAUUUGAAAAAGGGUGAUGUAAAAGCUCUAUUCAGAAGGGCUUCCGCGCGAGAGAAGCUUGAAAACUACGCUGGAGCAAUUCUUGAUUUAAGAGAAAUAUUGCAUAUUACGCCAGAAGAUAAGAAUGUGGCAUCAGUGUUGCGUCGAGUUAGCGAGCUUCACUUAAAAAAGGUUGAUAGCAUCAACAGUUUAGAUAAUAAAGUCAAGACAAUGAAUGAUGUCGCUUUUUUUGACGGAGAUCUCGAUAAAAGGAAAAAGGUGAAAUAUCUAGCAAUGAACAAUCUUCUUGUUUUGGCUAGGGAUUCUGAAACAGGCGCGUCGAGGGUUUGGAGUGAAGGAAGAAUACUGGAGCCUUUAUUGAAUAUAAUGAGGGAUAAAAGUGUCGAUGAGGAACUGUUACUUGCAGCAACAAGAGUUCUCGACGAGGUCAUGAAAAAGAGUGAUCGCGCCAUGUCAGUUACGAAACGGCUUGGUAUGGCGACGUUAACGCGUCUGUUAUGCUUACGUGAGGAACCAGGGUUCGUGGAUGCGUGUGCGGUCAUACUCCAAAGAGUUUUUAACGCUAUUGCGAAGAUGGAUCGCCAUAAGGAAGUAAAACCGGAUCCUGAAGUAUGUGAAGCGAACAAGAUCGAAAUUGUGAGGCUAAUUUUGGAAUUGGAAGAAAUGCUUACGGACGUUAAAGUAUCCAGCACUGUUCGUGAUACAGUUAUCGACCUGUUCACAAAAAAUUUGAUGCACAUGGAUGGUGGUUUACCUAGAGGGUGGAGCUGGCGGUUUGUCGAAGAUCGAGGCUUAAUAAAAUUGCUGCACGUUUCUACGCAAAUCCCUGAACAGUGUGAUUAUCCGGUUUCGGCGGAAACUAGGCAACAUCUAGCUGUUUGUCUGCAGAGGUUAGAUAAUGAUAUGGUUUUUGAUCCGAGACGAGCUGUGUUUAAAGACAGACUGGACAAGUUUUUCAAUCCACUGUUGGAGCAAAGCAACGAUCCUAAAAUCAGAAUUAAAAUAGCUGCGUUAUUGGUUACCCUGUUACAGGGGCCUGUCGAUGUAGGUAUUAAUUUGGUCACAAACGAUAAAAUUACUGCAAUGAUGUUGGAGAUGGCAGGAAGUGAUGAUAACCUACAGCAGGCUAUCGCUGCCGAGCUUAUUGUACAGACAGUCAGUAAGCACGAGCGAGCAACUACUAUUCUGAAGGUUGGAGUGCCGAUUCUUAGGAAACUGUACGAAUCUAAGGACGAAAAUGUAAAAGUUCGUGCUUUAAUGGGGCUUUGCAAAUGCGCUUCAGCAGGUGGGGAUGACUCGAGCAGACAAACAAUGCAGGAAGGGAGCACAUUAAAGUUGGCGAGAACUUGCAAAAGCUUUUUAUUAGACGUCAAUGUUUAUUCAGUUGAAGUACGCAGCUUUGCUUGCGAGGGCCUUUCUUAUUUGUCGCUAGACGCUGACGUCAAGGAGUGGAUAGUCGAAGAUCCCUUGCUUUUACGGGCUUUAUUGUUGUUAGCCGAAAGUGCUAAAGCUUUAUGUUCAUAUACUUUGGCCAGUAUCUAUGUCAAUUGCUCAAACGCGUAUGAAAAACCAAAAAUUGAUGAAGAAUUGGUGAAACUUGCGCAAUUUGCUAAGCAUCAUGUCCCAGAAACUCAUCCGAAAGAUACAGAGGAUUUCGUUGAAAAGCGAGUUCGAGCCCUAGUUAGAGAUGGUGCGACGGCUGCAUGUGUAGCUAUCUCAAAAACUGAAAGUAAAAAUACACUAGAGCUACUUGCACGUGCACUGCUUGCUUUUACCGAAUUCCCAGACUUGCGUGGUCAGAUCCUCUCUGAAGGUGGUGCCAAGUUGUUGCUUCGACUUACAAAGGAAGCAACUGGUGAAGGAAAGAUCAAAGCGGCACAUGCAAUAGCUCGACUUGGUGCUCAGGCAGAUCCUGCGAUAGCUUUCCCAGGGCAACGCGCUUACGAGGUUGUAAAACCUUUAGCAGAAUUGCUCCAUCCCGAUAUCGAAGGACGACCUAACUACGAUGCGCUUCUCACUCUCACUAAUCUUGUUGGUUUCGCUAGUGUAAGUGAUUCAGUGAGGAGGAGGAUAUUGAAAGAAAAAGUUGUGCCAAAAGCAGAAGAAUACUGGUUUAUGACAGACCAUCCCCAUCUUCGUGCGGCGGCAGCAGAGUUGUUUUUAAACCUGCUGUUCUGUGACGAAUAUUUUGAACUUGUUGCCAAGCCUGGAACAGAUAAAUUGAAGCUGUGGUUCUUAUAUACAGCCGAAGAAGAUGAGAGGCUAGCUAUGGCGUCCACUGCUGGUUUUGCUAUACUCACAGAAGAUGCAAAAGUUUGCCAGAGGAUUAUUGAUGAAGUUAAAAGCUGGAGAGACAUUCUUGGAGAGGUUUGCUUUAUUGGAAACCCGGAAAUACAGCGGCGAGGUUUACUUGGAAUAAAGAAUAUGAUUCUCUCGUCGGAAAAGGUUGCCAGCGAAAUAAUUGCUAGUGAAGUAUUUCGAAGGUUGCAAGCUGUUGCAAAACUGAAUAACAAAAGUCAUGAGGCUGCAAAAAAAGUUGCUCAAGAGGCUUUAGAAGCUGCGGAAAAGUGGGGCUUAAUUCAGCCGACUGAGAGAGAGCUGUAUGAAAGGCGUACUGGGAUGUCCACUGUCGCAGAAGAAUGA